AAAACAACAAGAGCUGUCAAAGCAGCAGAAAUGUCAACAGAUCGCCCUCUUCUAAACUAUAAAAACGUUUACGUUUCAGAAUAAAUGUGAAUCUUUCCCGGUGAGGGAACACAGAGCCAUAGGUUGACAAUGGCCACCCAUCCAGCACCACUGCCAUUGAGGGAGUUCUGCCCACUCUACUACCUUCUCAAUGCCAUCCCCACUAAAGUCCAGAAAGGUUUCCGCUCGAUUCCAGUCUACUUGACUGCAUUGGACAGCAACAGUGAUUAUAUGGCCAUUGGCAGCAGCAUUGGCAUGCUGUACCUUUACGGCAGGAGAGUAAGCCAGAUGAACAAAUACAAUAUAGAGGGCAAAUGUGAGACCAUUACUGCAGUGAAAUUGCUGAAUUGUUUCGAUGAUCUUGUGGCUGUUGGGACAGCAUCAGGCCGGGUUGCUUUCUUUCAGCUUGUGUCACCAUUGCCUGGUAGAAAUAAAGAGCUGAGAAGAUUUGAUGUUGUGGGCUUGCACAAAAGCACAAUUACUGCAUUAACAUGGAGUGCUAAUGGCAUGAAGCUCUUCUCUGGUGAUGAUAAAGGGAGGGUGGUUUGUUCUUCUGUGGACUUGGAUCAAGGAGUAUGUAAUCCAGUGGUCCUCUUUGAAGAGCCUUCAGCAAUAGUUCAGUUGGAAUAUAGUCAGAAAGUACUUUUGGUUUCGUCCCAUCAGCGCUCUGUGCUCUUCUACACACAAGAGCAGUCGCAUCAUCAGCUGGGCACUAAACCACGUAAAAGCAAUGGCAAGUUUGGUGCCUGCUUUCAACCAGCUCUGUGCAAACAGAGCGAUCUGGUUGUUUAUGCAGCCAGGCCUGGGUUGCGUCUGUGGACGACGGAUGUGCGGGGACGUGUCGGGGAGACCCACAUCCUAAAGCCACUUUUUAGUCAGGAUAUACCUCAGUUUGAGCUGUUCCCACGUUCAGGCUCCAACAGUGGCUACAAACUUUCAGAAAGACAGUUGGGAAUAGUCAACUGCUUCCAGAAGGAGGGCUGGGUCCUCAGCUGGAACGAAUAUAGUGUUUAUGUUGUGGACUGUACCAAUCAAGUCAUCAUUGGAGGAUUGGAAAGCAGUGGAGAUAUAGUGUCUGUGUCAUGCACGGAGAAUGAAAUCUUCAUUCUGAAAGGAGAUCGGGACAUUUUGCGGAUCUCAGAUUGCCCCGAGGGAUUGGUUUCCAACUUAUUAGACCACUCCAACCAUUUUACAUCUCCUCCUUCCACACCCACUAUAUUGCUGCCUCCUAAUGGUGCCGUGGAAAUUGCUCAACCAAUCAGGACCAUGCCCAUUAUUACGGAGCAGGAGACUCAAGCCAGUCCUAACUCAGAGGAGGUGCAUGAUGGGGUUGAGCAGUCAGAGGAGGUGCAGGAGGAGCAGCAUCCUGAGGAAUUCGGCCAUGGGGUAGAGGCUCUGGAGGUGGCAGAGGACUUGGAGCAGCAGCGGGCCAGUUUGGGUACAGUGGAGUCCCGCAGCCGCAGCAGCUCAGUCACCUCAUGGGAGAGUGCACAGGGCAUGUUUACCAACACGGAAGCCUCCACCUCAGAACUCUCCUCUAGCCGAUACAGCCCCAUCACCCAAGAAGAUUUCCAACAGGAGCUGGUGGUCAAGGCCAUCAAGUUGAAGAAGAAAGGCAAGAGAAGACGGCAGGCGAGUGGGACCUGUGUCAACGAGCACAGCAGCUGGUCAGAGAGCAUUUUCAGCCAGGACAGUGCAGGCAGUGAUGUUCUAAACACACCCAUGAGCGAGCCUCCUUCAGACCACACCAGCCUUCUGUGCAGCAGCCCCGACCUGCACAGUGCCGGCUCACCUGACCAGGAUGGUUCCAUCUGUGGAGAAUCCCACAAUUUAAAUGCCUUUACCAUUCAGAGCCCAUCAGAGCCCUUACACAGCGAAGAGCCUCUUCAGGAUGCAGUUAACCAAACAGCAGAGACCUUACCGGCUUGCCCUACAUCACUGGCAAUACAAGAUAUGGAGUGUCAGGUGUACAGUGAAAAUGUGUUUGCAGAAAACGAGCAAAUUGCAGCUACACCUGAUGUGGACGUGCUACUGGAAUGUACCUUCUCCUACAUGCAGGCAGCUGAUGAGCAGGACAUCAUGAAGCAAUAUGUGAAUGAGAGCAAAGACACCCUGAAGGAUUCAGAGGAAGAUUUUAAACAGAGUUUACAUGGAGACUUUCAUUUGGAUUAUGAUCCCAUUAGGCCGCUGGGUUACUCCCCGGAACCCGAGCCAACACCAUCUAGUGACGAGGAGGACAUCUAUGCACAUGGUGUGCCAUCCAGUGCUAGUCUGGCGGACGGACUGAAUGCCCUGAGCUUGCAGAGCUCAUGUGCUGACCAGAAGGAGGACGAAGAGACGCAGCUCCUCAAAGUCGACCAGUUGGCUGAAAGUUGGAUGGGCUACACUGGGCCUGGCGGUGGCAUCCUCAGUCUAGUAGUAACGGACAGACAUAUCUGGUGUCUUGACUUUAAAGGAGGCCUUUUCUGUAGCGGUCUUCCUAAUGCUAGCUUGAGCUGGCAGAAGUUUGAGGAAAAUAUCCAUCAGGUGGCGCUGUCCCCAUCAGGCUCAUUGCUGUGGAAGGUUGAGCAGAAGACCAUGACUGCUUACGCUUGCGGGAAAAUCACAAUCAAAGGGAAGAGACACUGGUACAAAGCCCUGGACGACACAGCGUUUGUGGCUCUUGGUGAUGACACAGCCUGGAUCAUUCGCACUAAUGGAGACCUGUACAUACAGACAGGGCUGAGUGUGGACAGGCCAUGUGCACGGUCAGUGAAGGUGGACUGUCCAUGCCCCAUGGCGCAGAUAGCAGCACGUGGCAUUGUGGCGUGGGCACUGAGUGAGCAGAGGGGUGUGUUUUACAGAGAGGGUGUCAGCAGCUAUUGUGCAGAGGGGGAGCACUGGAAGCAUGACACCGUCAGUGAGAGCCAAGGUCUUGAACCCAUCUGUAUUGCUAUGGGUGAGAAUAACACAGUCUGGGCAUUGGAUACUAGUGGCAACUUAUGGUUCAGAACAGGGGUCACGGCUAAAAAUCCCCAGGGUGAAGAUGAUCACUGGUGGCAGGUGAGCAUCACAGACUACGUGGUGUUUGAUCAGGGUGGUCUUUUCCAGACUCUGAUCCAGGCCACACAGACUGUCGCCACAGCCACCAGAGCUCCGGUCGAGCGGGUUGCUGAACGUCUGCGUGUGGCCUUCCUUUCCCAGCACUCCCAGUGCCAGCCUAGCCUCAUCAGUGUCAGCACCAGUGGCGUGUGGGUUGCUUCUGGACGGAACGAGUUUCACGUUGCCAAAGGCAGCCUCAUCGGGGCAUUUUGGAAGAAUAUUAUACCUAGAGGAAUAGCCUCUGCCACAAAAUGGGCAUUUGUGUUCUCCUCUGAGGCUCCAGCUAAAGAGGGGAGUUUCCUAUGGUUAGGUCAGAGCAGGAAAGACCUGUUCUGUAUCUGGGACCAAGACCUCCAGAUGCGGCCCUUCACCAUACAGUUUCCCCCAGACGUAGAGAUGGUGCAGCUCUCGGCCUGUCGUGAUGCUCUGUGGGGUUUAGAUCACCACGGCCACGUCCACAUCCGCACUUUAUCAGCCAGUUGUUCCACAGGAAUGCAAUGGACAUUACUGGACCUCAGCCAGCUUGGACAUGUGAAGUUUCUCAGUUUGUCUUGUGGCAGUCAAAAUGUUUGGGCAUGUGAUAAUAAUGGAAUGGUGUAUUUUCGGGUUGGAACUCAACCUUUGAACCCCAGCAUGAUGCUCCCUGCCUGGAUCUGCAUCGAACCUCCCGAACAGCCUGCUGGCCUUCAUCUGGUGAAAAUUCAAACUAGUCCAAAUGACCGCAUGCUGUGGGCGCUGGACAACAGAGGCAGUGUGCAUGUGCGCGUCGGCAUCACUGAAGAGAUGCCUGUCGGAACUGCCUGGGAGCACAUUCCUGGACUACAGGCAAGUCAAUUGGUUCUAAGUAUGAGGACAGCUUGGGUUCGCCUUCCUAAUGGUGAAGUGGCACGUCGAUACGGCAUUACAGAGAGAAACCCAGCUGGAGACUACUGGAAGAAGAUCCCAGGAUUGGUCAGCUGGCUUGCAGUGACCCCGAUGGAUGAACUGUGGGCAGUCGCUAGUGGGGCUCUCAACCAGCGCCUUACCAAGACUCUACAAAACAACAGGAGCAACAGCCAUGGCAACACGGGUUCUCUGAGUGGAGAGGAGCUGGAGGAAGAGUGGGAGGUGAUUUAGAUGCCACAAAUUGUCAAAAUAUCCCAGAAACACUGUUCUGUGAAAUUUCUUUCCAGGCACUUUAAUUAUUCCUUCUUAAAGGAGUAGUUCACCUAAAAAAAAGAAAAUUCUGUCGUCAUUUACUCACCCUUAUGUUGCUCAAAUUCUUAUUAGUAUAUUAGGCUCUUUUGAAAGUAAAAUAAUAUGCUGUAUUUUUCUAUUGGGGGGGGGGGGGGUUGAGCUCCUUGUGCACCUUAUGACCUGAAAUUGAAAUUUUUAUCCAGCACAUUAUUUUUGUAAGUUUUAAUGUCUACAUGCAUUUUUAGAUCAGUUAUUAUUUUUUUUAACUCCUAUUGAUUUAAGAAGGAAGUUCCGUUUAUACAUUAUCAUUCAAAAGUUUAGGUUCACUAAGAUUUUUAUUUUAUAAGAUAUUAAUACUAUCGAGCAAGAACGCAUUGGAGUGAUCAAUAUUAAGAAAAAAUGAUUAAGCAGCACAGCUGUUUUAACAUUGAUAAUAAAAAUAAAUUCAGCAGCAAAUGAGCUUAUUAGAAUGUUUCCUGAAUGAUCAUGUGACACUAAACUAAAGGCUACAGUAAUGUCUGCAAAUUCAGCUUUACCAUCACAGGAAUACAUUAUAUUUUAAAAAAUGUAUAAAAAAAUAGCAAACAGUUAUUUUACAUUUUAAGAAUAUUUCAGAAUAUUACUGUUUUUGAUCAAAUAAAUGCAGCCUUGCUGAGCAUAAAAGACCUUUGAAUGGUAGAGUAUCCUAAUGCACUUUGCUCACAACAUUGGAAAUGGUUAAUGUGAAUCUGUUUAUAGUGAAUCUACUGCUUUAGAGGGAUAGAUUAUGUAAAUAUCUCUUAUUUGACCAAACACAUUUUUAUUAUAAGUACAAGAAAUAUAUGCUACAAUAAAGUUUAGACAAGGUUGGGGGUUUGAUUCCGAGGGAACACAUGAUAGGUAAAAAUUGAUAGCCUGAAUGCACUGUAAGUCACUUUGGAUAAAAGCGUCUGCUAAAUGCAUAAAUUAAAUUUUUAAAUUUAUAAAAUAUAUUAGAGUGGCCUUUUAUUGUGGCCAGCCUAAGGCACACCUGUGUUUCAUCAUGCUGUCUAAUCAGCACCUUGAUAUUCCACACCUGUGAGGUGGAUGGAUUAUCUCAGCAAAGGAGAAGUGCUCACUAACACAGAUUUAGACAGAUUUGUGAACAAUAUUUGAGAGAAAUAGGGCUUUUGUGAACAUAGGAAAAAGUCUCAGAUCUUUGAGUUCAGCUUAUAAACAAUUGGGACCAAAACAAAAGUGUUUUGUUUAUAAUUUGGUUCAUUGUACACACACACACACACACACACACACACACACACACAUAUAUAUAUAUAUAUAUUCAGCUUUAUCUGUAAAUGCACUUGUACCUUGUUAAAUACUUGACAGGAGUGCAAUCAUAAUAGCAUUUGGCACAUACAGUAUCUGUGAGUAGUAUAGACAGCACGGCCUCUAACUUGCCUCUGUCUACACUAAAGUGACGUGUUGCUGUUUAAUGUGAGGUAUUUUAAAAGGGCGGUUUGACUUUUAAAUCCUAAAACAGAAGAAAAACUAUUUGAACUUACUACUUGGUUGAUAGAAUCUAUCAUAGUCUGUUAUGGAAAAAUACUGUAUAGUAAUGCUGGACGAGCACUCUUCAUAUACAUCCAUAUAAAGAAUGCAUCUUAAUCUCAUAGAUAACUAAAUAUCAAUUCAGUGCUAGGUCUGAUGUAUCAUUUCCUUUCUUCUUUCUUUAGUGUCUGACUGUGAAGUGUUUGUAAAUCUUCCUUUUUGACAUUUUUACACCUCAGUAAGGCAUCAUAUGCAGAUUGUUUUGGCCUGUUGUGCUCUACUAGUUUACAUUUUGCACUUAGCUCAUAUUGUAAAUCAGAUUAAGGUGAUAAAUGUGGUACACUGGGCAUGUAAUGCUAAGCCAGUGUGGUUAAAGUGGUGAUGCCGCUAAAUGUGAACUCGCAUAUUGAACUGUGACUUAACCUUUGCAAUCUUUACUCCAUGCUUAGUCAUGACAAACUUGCAAAUAAAAUCUUUACAGAAAGUG